AUGCCGUCGCUUUUUACCCUUGCGUUUUUGUCACUCACGACAGUCGUUACGCCGAUCCCUCAGCACCUUUUGGACGGCCUGCGUAAGGGGCACGGGCCGGACUUGGAGGCAUCAGGCGGAGGUUCAGACGAUCCCGUCCAGGGAGUGGUGAGGGUGGUGCAGCUGGACCGUCGCGCUUUGAUCCAGUCGGGGUUCUUCAGGCGAGGACUGAGCUCCAGGAGAACGCCCUCUCUGAGCUCCAGACCAGCCCCGCCGGCCUUCCUCUCCCAGGGUCGCCCCGGUUCGGUCGGGGCCCUGAAGACGGCGACGUACCCGACGGACAACCUGCAUCCGAAAGUCGUUUCCGCCGCAGAAACGAGGAGGAGGCUGGGGCUGCAGAUGUGGCAGAGAGUGACGGAGAAAGGAGAGAAGGUGAGAGUGACACUGCCCGCGGCGCUGAAGGACUCCAAACAGACGUGCACCGCGGUCCCCUUUACUCAGAGCGUGACGUCCGACGGCUGCGACGCCGCGACCCUCCACAACAAACUGUGCUUCGGCCAGUGCAGCUCCAUGUUCAUCCCGGAGGACGAGCUCUCCGGCGGGACGUCCCAUCACCAGAGGACCUCCUGCUCCCGCUGCGCCCCGUCCAGGGUCCACACGGUCGCCGUCCCGCUCCGCUGCGGGGCCCGAGGCGUCAGGGAGAAGAGGGUGAUGGUGGUGGAGGAGUGUAAAUGUGAAACGGGACGAGAGGAGAGGGCCACAGUGGGGUCCAUGCGUCUGUAA